GUUGUCGCUGUAUAUUUUGAAUUUUGAUCGGAGAUCUGGGUGAUGGCGAGUCUUACAAAAACAAUAGAAGCUCUGUCGGCAUUUUCCCUGCAAAGUUUAGGAGAAGAGUGGGUAAAAUCAUGCUGGGACAAUGACUUUGCAGAAUUUCCUGGAUUGGAACCUUUAGUGGAGUCUGAUAUCUUGGAGAAUGAAUACCAUGUACAAAACCUGUAUCCCCUUUUGUCUGUCAUGGAUGAUUGGAUUGACAAUAAAGAAGGACAAGAAGGGGAAGGUUUCUGGAUGGUAUUAGUGGAGAAUGACUUUUCUCAUAAAAACUUGAUAGCACUCUUGGCAUAUUUAGUGGAAAAUGGAACUAAGAAAGGAUCAAGUAUUCAACAAAGAGAGGCUGCUUUACUGUCGUCAUGCAAUUAUUUUAAGCUGCUGACAAUUCCAGGAAGUACAGCAUUCAAAAUAUUCCACCCAGUUUUGUUUGAGAAAUGUGUGGAUAUUUUAAAACAAUUGAAGACACAAGGGACGGGGAAAAGAAAGAAAAGUGUAUCACCUGCUUGCAGUCAGAAGAGGAAGAAAAACAAAGCAAACAAAACACGGAGGUCUAGAGACUCUGCUGGCAGUAUAGAGGAAUUCCAGGAUGACAGUGAUGAUGAAGAAAACCUGUCUCCUCAAGAAAUGAAUAAACUAAACAAAUUGUAUCUGUCAGUCCUACAGGAUUUGGUGAGUCUGCUGAUGGAUACCUCCCUUCGACAGUCAGAAUCCUCUACCUACCACACGGUACAGGUGCUCUCUGCCUUGACUAGACAAGGGGCAGAAGUCUUUGAUGGAAAUUUUCAGAGUUUUGCCAGUAGUGAGAAAAGACAUUUAAAAAAUAUGCCAACUGCAGGGCUUGCUUAUAAGGGAUUACAACUUCUUAGUCUGCCUCUACAUGGCCAUGUGAAUACAGUUAUCAAUGCAAUUUGUAAGUGUCUUCUCCCUAACUUGUUGAUGUUGAUGGGGGACAACCGAGUGGCAGCUCAGACUAUCCCAAGACCAGUACUGAUGGCAAGAGAUCAAGCUAUAAACUUUAUCAUAUAUCUAAUGAAGUGUGAGGCUCGCUCCCUGUCCAGCAUAAGAACACUUCUACAACAUCUGUGUACCAAAGUAACAGACCGAGCAGAGUAUCGCACAAAAGUGGCUCAAGCAGUGGUUAGUAUCCUUCAAGAGAUGCCCAGUGACCCAUAUGGUAAAAUGGUAGAAUGGUUUUACCGGCUCUCUAAGCAUGCAAAGAUGAAUAAUAGAGCAUUCACCCUGGAGGUUGUUUCUUUAUUACUGAACUCACCAGAAAGGGAAGUAGAUGGUAACAUGCCACCAGAGACUGCCUCCUAUAUGAAGCACACUUCCCUGCUUGGAAUUUUAUUGGACAGGUGCUCAGAUGCUGCCCCAACUGUAAGAGCACGAGCCAUUUCAGCCUUCUCUCAGUGUUUUACCACUGCAGACAUAGGCAUAAAAAACACACUGAAGGAGAUAGUUACCCCUGUCGUGGGCCCCAGACCAGCUCAUGCUCCACAUCUGAUUCCCACCCCUGAGAUGGGGAACAGGGCACAGUCUAUGGUUGAAAUGACUGUGAGUGAAGCCAGCACAGAUAAAACAUCAGAAAAUGCACAGCCCCUGGAGAAUGAUGAAACCCCAGUCAAUACUGCCCCAAGGGUUCCCCCAAAGACUCCCUUCCAUCAAGUGGUCUUAACACCCUUUAACCCCAAUCUGCCUGAUGAGCAGGGAGUACUCUCUAUGUUGAGACGUCGAGCUCGAGAUGAGAAGGUUAACGUGAGAAAGGCUGCCUUACAAGCUCUGGAAUGUGUGAUCAAGUUUGAGGCUCCGGAUUACAGAAGACAGGACCUAGAUGUAUUGGUAGAGAGAUGCCGUGACCCUGCUCUGUCUGUCCGUAAGCAGGCCAUGCAGAGUCUAACUGACCUUUUGUUCUCCAUGCCUACAGAGAAACCUCUACAAAAGUGUUGGUUGGAUGGCGUUCUUCCCCUCGUCAUUGACCGAGAGACAACACUCCAGGAGAAAUGUAUGGAGACAUUGGAAGAAAUCCUCCUUAACAAUAUUGUUCCUUUCAACAGAUCAAAAGAUGAGGGCCAUGACCUUGUUUGGAACAUUCUAGAAAUCAUGACCCAGUUUGAAAGCUGUGAUUUAAGGCGAUACCUACAAAAGGCGUGUAGACACUGGGCUCGUGUGGGGAAGAUCAAAUCAAACCUCAUCACAUCUUUAGAGUCUCAUGUUGAGUCUAAAAAUAAUCAGGCUGCCUGGAUGUUGCUAGCUGAACUGGCUCCAGCUGUGCAAAAAUUCAGCCACGGAUUCAUUGUGAAAUACUGGGAAAAGCAUGCUGGCAGUACAAAUGAAACAGAGUACUACACACUACAGAGGGUGUUGACAGUGAUGGGAUGCUGUGCCAAACACAUUCCUGCAGAUCAAAGAGACCUGUUAAUUGAGAAUCUGAAAGACAAACUUAAGAAGUUUGAUUCCCCGCCAGAACUGAUAUCCACAACCAUUAAUACUCUAUCCAAGUUAUGUGAAGCUAAGGCUGAAGCUCUGGGAUUGGCCAGUGAAAGGGAGGCUUGGUGCACUGACCUGUUGACCUCAUCUGACAAGUACCUGUCCAAAGUCAUCCUUCAACAAGAUGGUGGUGUGAUAAAUGAAGAUCUGGUAAUACGUCACCUUUUCACAUUGGGAGAAAUUGCCCAGCUGUGCCCUGCCAGGACCCCAAAACGGAUAUACCUGAUUGUACAGAGUAUGGUGGCAGCCCCCUGUAUCACAAUGGCUCCCUCACAGACUGUCCUACCCUCUCAAGUGCCACAUGAAAAUGUCAGUGGGUCAUCUCACAACAGUUCUCAUGGAAACCAUAGUGGGGAAUCCACUCAGAGUGCUGGGGCUCAGAUUUCUGGAUCUUCCCAACAAACUCAGUUUACACAGUUCACUCAAUUAACACAGUUCCGAGGAUCAAAAAUGUCCAAUAGGAUCAGAGCCUUUGCCUUCAUUGCAUUAGGCAAGUUGUGCCUACAGAAUGCAGAGCUAGCUAAGAAGUGUGUGGCUGCCUUGGCUCGAGAGCUAGAGAUUUCUCCAGAUCCUACCAUCAGAAAUAACAUAGUCAUCAUUCUCUGUGACCUGUGUGUUAGGUACACUACUACAGUAGAACAGUAUAUGCCUUCCAUUGCUGCAUGUUUAAAGGAUGAGGCGCCGCUUGUCCGUAAACAAACCCUAAUCCUGAUCACAAGGCUUCUGCAGGAGGACUUCCUAAAAUGGAAAGGAGCUCUGUUCUUUCGAUUUAUAACAACUCUCCUGGAUGAGAAGAAGGAAAUAGCAGAAUUUGCUGAGUAUUGCCUCAUUCAUGUCCUGUUACAAAGAAAACCAGCUAUGUUUUCUAACCAUUUCAUGGAGUGUAUCUUCCACUUCAAUGCCUAUGAGGGCCACUCAGCCUAUAAUAAAUUUGCACAGAAUGAAAGAGAAAAGAAAAUGUUUUCAUUACAUGGAACGGCUAAAGAGAAAGACAGGUUGAAGCUGUACUGCUUUAUGCUGGAGCACAUGACAGAUGAACAGAGAUUUCACAUGACUGCAAAGAUUUGUACUGAGAUCUUGGGAGGAGUGGUUGACAAUUUAAUACCACUGGACAAUGCAAGUUCAGCUCUUCUCAAGGAUGCUCUUGCUAUUCUAAGUUGUAAGGAAAUAAAGCUGUCCUCUUUGAAGACAAAGCCACAGGAAGAUGCUGGUGGAGAUGAACAGGAAAUGGCAGCCAUUGUCAUAGCAACAGCCAAGAAAACACUCAUUUCACAGGUUGUGAAAAAGAAUGUUAUAGAAAAUAUUGUGCCUAUUGUUGUAUCACUGAAGCACAUGCUGGAGAAGCACAGGUCACCUGUUCUGAAGGACUUGAUGUGUUAUCUAAGAGAACUCAUGCAGGACUACAAGACAGAGGUUAAAGAUAUCUUGUCAGCUGAUAGACAAUUAGCAAAGGAGAUAGAAUUUGAUCUGAGGAAGUUUGAGGAAGAACAAGAGGAGAUAAAGAGACAGCAAGAUCAACAGAACACAGUACAGAGUCUUCAGGGAACACCAGGAUCUAGCCCAAGAACAGUGGUGGCAGGACCACUGGCUAGAUCUCCCCAGAUCACCCCCUUAUCUCGACCUCCUGGGCAUCCUGGAUCACCAGCCAACAGUCCCCUGGGUCAGAGACAAGGUUCUACAGGGCCAAGUACCCCAGCACCCGUUGCACAAUUGAACAAGACUGCACCUUUGCCAAUGAGUGUUAGAUCAAAGGACCUUGCAAGAGAUCAGUCAUUGUCUACUCUGGCUAUAUUGAACUCUGCCAGAAAGGCUUUCUUAAAAGCCAAAGAAAACAGCCCAGCUGGAGCUGGUCAGUCAAACAGGAGGAAAUCCAGUCUGGCUACAGAGGAGAAAUCAACAGAGAGGGAGGAGGAAACCCCACCCUUGACUGUCAGGUUCUCUGCAGAUUUGCCAUCAGGGUCCUCAGACAGUGUAUCGACUCCACCCAGAGCUACUAGAUCCACAAACAGGGCCAUCAGCACUCCCACAGGUGUGCUAGACAACAUAACUUUUCACAUUGACCAAAAUGUGACCCUGAUUCCUCCCUCUCCAAUCCCCUCCUCCAUACCCAUCAGGGUAUAUCCAGCUGAUACCAAUUCAGCUCCUCCAACUUGCAUUAAAAGGAAGGGAGAUAACCCAAAUAAGGACUUCAUCUAUAUGUUUUCUCCUGACAAGCCGCUUCCAAAACCAAAAAAGUGGAAUGUGACAUCACCUGCUCCAGUGCCAAAGAAAAAUGCUUCACCACAGCAAGAGGAUGAUCUAGUUUCUUUAUCAGAGUCGGGCACUAAAUCCUCGAAAGAAUCAUCUAUUUUGAGCAAGAAAUCAAACCAGAAAGCUAACAAAGAAAGUAGCGGCAAAACUGAUGCAGGGAGACGAAAAUCAACAAGACGAGGGAGAAAAAAGUGAGAAUUGACUUGAGGAAAUGUAAACAAGACUCAUUACUGCUUAAAGUUAGUGUAUUAAUCAUGUGUAUCACUGUUUCUGAAACAAAUCAUGAUAUUUUAAUUUGACAGGCUCAAAUAAAAUAAAUUCAACAGUA